CCCUGAGCGCAGGCGGCAGGCGCGCACCAUGAACUCGUGGGACGCCGGUCUGGCGGGGCUGCUGGUGGGCACGAUGGGCGUCUCGCUGCUGUCCAACGCGCUGGUGCUGCUCUGCCUCCUGCACAGCGCCGACAUCCGCCGCCAGGCGCCCGCGCUCUUCACCCUCAACCUCACGUGCGGCAACCUGCUGUGCACCGUGGUCAACAUGCCGCUCACGCUGGCUGGCGUCGUGGCGCAGCGGCAGCCGGCUGGCGACCGCCUGUGCCGUCUGGUCGCCUUCCUGGACACCUUCCUGGCCACCAACUCCAUGCUCAGCAUGGCCGCGCUCAGCAUUGACCGCUGGGUGGCUGUGGUCUUCCCGCUGAGCUACCGUGCCAAGAUGCGCCUCCGCGAUGCCGCGCUCAUGGUGGCCUACACGUGGCUGCACGCGCUCACCUUCCCUGCCACCGCGCUCGCCCUGUCCUGGCUGGGCUUCCACCAGCUGUACGCGUCCUGCACGCUGUGCAGCCGCCGCCCGGACGAGCGCCUGCGCUUCGCCGUCUUCACCGGCGCCUUCCACGCGCUCAGCUUCCUGCUGUCCUUCGUUGUGCUCUGCUGCUCCUACGUCAAGGUGCUCAAGGUGGCCCGCUUCCACUGCAAGCGCAUUGACGUGAUCACCAUGCAGACCCUCGUCCUCCUCGUGGACAUCCACCCCAGUGUGCGGGAACGCUGUCUGGAGGAGCAGAAGAGGAGGCGCCAGCGAGCCACCAAGAAGGUCAGCACCUUCAUCGGGACCUUCCUCGUGUGCUUCGCGCCCUACGUGGUCACCAGGCUGCUGGAGCUGUCCACGGUGCCCAUCGCCGCCCACUGGGGGGUGCUGUCCAAGUGCUUGGCCUACGGCAAGGCGGCGUCGGACCCCUUCGUGUACUCGCUGCUGCGGCACCAGUACCGCAGGAGCUACAAGGAGAUUCUGAACAGGGUCUUCCACAGACGCUCCCUCCGCUCCUCGGGCCUGGCCGGGGGCUCCCACAGCCGCAACGUCCUGCCCGUCUCGGAGUGA